AUGAACAGCUUCGGAGCCCACAUCGGAAACACCACUGUCCUCCUGGCCGACCCGCCAGAACGCUCCGCCGUAGUUGAGAACGACCCCCGCUCCGUCUUCCUUCUCGCCCUCUCGGCCCAGAGCAAGUACUCUCUAAGGCUGAAUGCUGAGGCUCUACUAGCGUAUCUCGACGGCGACGGCAGCGAGACCGACCUCGGUCAUCUCUCCUACACCCUGGCCGUGCGGCGCAUGCACCAUCCGUUCCGCAUUGUGGCCUCGGUCAAGGACAUGGCUGGGGCGAGACGCUUCCUCUCCACCGAGCUGGACAAGAUGAGAGAGCAGCCGCAACAGAUCACCUCGGUGCCGUUGAAGAGCCCGACCGUCGCGUUCGCCUUCACCGGGCAGGGUGCCUUCUACGAGGGCAUGGGCGCGCGGCUGUACGCCCACUGCGCAGUCUUCCGCGAGGCGGUGGAUCGCCUCGACCUCCUGGUGCAGUCGCUGCACCUUGACGACGUCGGAUCGGUGGUCCCCAUCAUCGAGGGCUCUGUCUCCCGUGAUGAGGUCUCUCCCGUCGCAUCCCAGCUGGCCAUCGUCCUCAUCGAGCUGGCCUUGACGCACUACUGGGCCGCCCUCGGCGUCAGGCCGUCCAUGGUCAUGGGCCACAGCCUUAGCGAGUUCGCCGCCCUGGCAGCCGCUGGCGUGCUCUCCGACCUGGACGUACUCCAUCUGGCCGCCGGGCGCGCCAAGCCGAUGGACACCCACUGCAAAGCGGACACGCACGGCAUGCUGGCCGUUCGGUGCACCCCGAGCAUCUGA